AUGUAUCAAUUGAGUGCCACAUUACUGGGACAUACCCAAGAUGUUAAGGAUAUUGUGGUUAUAGAUGACUCGCAGGUUGCAAGUGUAUCCAGAGAUGGAACCUUGAGAUUAUGGAAACAUAAUGAUAAUGGAACUUGGCAAGAUAUUGUAAUGGCCACUAGUGAGAAGUUUCUAAAUGCAGUGUGUUACGACAAGGAUCAUGAGUUAUUAUUCUAUUCCGGUCAAGAAUCUUUAAUUAACGGUGUUUCACUAUUGGACAUAGAAAGUAUAGAUAAGGAUCCUCUUUAUACUUUGAUUGGUCAUCACUCCAACGUAUGUGCGUUAAGUUAUAAACAUAUGAGCGCUAUUAUUAGUGGUAGUUGGGAUACUACUGCAAAAGUGUGGAUCAAUGGUGCGUUGCAAUGGUCUUUGGAGGGACAUCAGGCUUCAGUUUGGGAUGCAAAGAUUAUAUCAGUCGAAGAGAACACAUUUAUUACAGCUUCUGCUGAUAGGACGGUAAAACUCUGGAAGGAGAAUAAGUUAUUGAAAACAUUUUCGGGAAUUCAUUCCGAUGUGAUCCGUAAUAUAGAAGUUUUAUCAUCCGGAAAAGAGAUUGCCACUUGUUCUAAUGAUGGGACCAUUAAGAUAUCUGAUUUAGAUGGUAACAUUAAACAAGUCUUAUCAGGACAUGAAAGUUUUGUUUACAACGUGAAGUUAUCUAAACAAGGUGAUAAACUUGUCUCAUGUGGGGAAGACAGAUCAUUGAGAAUUUGGGAUAUAAAUAAUAAUUUCAAUAUCAAGCAAGUAAUUAAGCUACCAGCAGUAUCCAUUUGGUGUGUUGAUACUUUACCAAAUGGUGAUAUUGUUGUCGGAUGUAGUGAUAAUACCGUAAGAAUCUUUACGGAAGACCAAACACGUGUGGCUUCACAGUCGGAAAUCGAUGAGUUUACUAAACAGUUAGAGAGUACUUCAAUAAACUCUCAAACAAUGGACUUUGAUGAAUCAAAACUAUCACCAUACGAGAUCUUGCAGAAGCCUGGAAAGAAAGAAGGUCAGGUUGUGGUGGUUAAAGCACCAUCUGGGGUUAUUGAAGCUUAUCUGUAUUCAAGUGAAAAAUGGAGUAAAGUUGGUGACGUUGUUAGUUCAUCAACAGGGAGUAAUGAUAAGAAGGUUGAGUACGAAGGUAAAAUGUAUGAUUAUGUCUUUGAUGUCGAUAUCGAAGAGGGUAAACCAGCUUUGAAAUUACCUGUUAAUGUAACAGAUAACGCAUAUGGUAUAGCAGAUAAAUUCAUGGCAAAACAUGAUUUACCACCAAGCUAUAGAGAUCAAAUCGUUAAUUUUAUUUUGCAGAACACAAGUGGUAUGACACUAAAUGUGGAAUCUAAGCAACAACCCACGGCCACCGUAAGCGUCGAUACCUCAAUUCCUCAGGAUCUGAUUGUCCUUCCGAUGAAACAGUAUCUUUAUAUCAAAAAUUACAAUGCCGAUUCUAUCUUUAAUGGUAUAGUUAAGUUCAACUCAGAGGAACAUACUUUUACUGACGAAGAUAUUGCUCAAAUUGGAACUGCAUUGCAAGAUGUUGAUCAAAAUUGGGAAAUAUUGUACUCAUAUUCUACCAUAAUGAGAGAACAAUGGAAGAACAAGAUACCUGCUUUUGAUCUAUUGAGAUUAAUAGUUGACAAACUAGAAGAUUCAACUGAUAUUAGUGAUUUUAUUGAAGAAGGUUUAGGGAAUGAGAAUAUAACGAUUGUUAUGCUGACCGUUCGUAUCUUGGUUAAUUCUUUCAAGAAUCCAAAAUGGGGCAUUGACCUAAUGUCUGCCAAUAAGGUCUAUGAAUCUAUAUUUGAAACUAUUGAUACUAAUUUUGCCAAUGCAACUUUGAAGCAAUCCCAAAAUUUGGCACUUUCAGUCGCCACUUUGAUCCUUAAUUACAGUGUUUUGAUAUUGCAUGAUAAAGAGAGGAACAUAAAUAUUGCCCCUGUGGUAAUUGAAGCAUUGAAUACGAAGUACGCACCGUUAGAGGAAUAUCAGGACUCAGAGGAAGUUGCAUAUAGAUUAAUUAUAGCAUUUGGUAACUUGACGUUAGUGCAACCAAGUUUAAAACAAUUUUCCAAUUCCAUUUCUUGGGUCGUAGCCAUUAAAAGGAAGUACGCAACAAUUGCAAGAUUCAAGGAUGUGUUUGCAGAUUUGAACCGAUGA